GAUUUUCAAUUUACAUUGAGCAAAUACAUUUGGUGCUAAUUUUAAUUAAUCUAACUACUCCAUCUAUCACAAUUUAUGUAAUAUUAAACACUAUCAACAUGUCAUGUAUAUUGAAUCCUACUUAUAAAGUCCUCGAAACAAAAAUAUCUUUUGUGAACAUUACAAAUUCUUUUCGUAUUUCAUAAAAUUGUAUAUUCAAUUAAACUAAAACACGUAGAUAUAUAUAUUAGUAACGGACGGCACAUCUCAAGAGAAAAAGUCACAAAUGGCAAAGUUUGGUCAUGAGAGGCCACACACAAAAUAUCGAUUGUUAUAUUUCAACAGGACGGACACUUCUUAACCGUUGGAUCAAACCAAUGAAAACUUGAUCAUUAUUUGUAUAUAAGGUCCUGAAUAUCUAUCGAUUCAAAUUACUAAAAAUUUGUGUGAAAAAAAAUAAAUUGAAAAUGCGUGAGAUUCUUCAUAUUCAAGCAGGACAAUGUGGGAAUCAAAUCGGAUCAAAAUUCUGGGAAGUUGUAUGUGACGAACACGGGAUUGAUCCAACUGGAAAAUACUGUGGAGAUUCAGAAUUGCAGCUUGAAAGAGUUAAUGUUUAUUACAAUGAAACUGGGAAUGGACGUUACGUGCCACGGGCAGUUCUCAUGGACCUUGAACCUGGUACUAUGGACAGCAUCAAAUCAGGUCCAUUUGGUCAGAUUUUUCGCCCUGAUAACUAUGUUUUCGGACAAUCUGGUGCUGGAAAUAAUUGGGCGAAAGGACAUUAUACUGAGGGUGCUGAACUUAUUGACUCUGUUCUUGAUGUUGUUCGAAAAGAAGCUGAAAACUCCGAUUGCUUACAAGGAUUUCAGGUGUGUCACUCACUUGGAGGAGGGACAGGAUCAGGAAUGGGGACACUGUUGAUAUCAAAGAUCAGAGAAGAAUAUCCAGACAGAAUGAUGCUUACCUUCUCUGUUUUCCCAUCUCCAAAAGUCUCAGACACAGUGGUUGAGCCUUACAAUGCUACACUUUCUGUCCAUCAACUUGUUGAAAAUGCUGAUGAGUGUAUGGUUCUUGAUAAUGAAGCUCUCUAUGACAUCUGCUUCAGGACUCUCAAACUAUCCACACCAAGUUUUGGAGACCUGAAUCACCUGAUUUCAGCAACAAUGAGUGGUGUGACAUGUUGCUUGCGAUUCCCUGGCCAGCUGAAUUCUGAUCUUCGAAAACUAGCUGUGAACUUAAUCCCUUUCCCAAGGCUUCAUUUUUUUAUGGUUGGAUUCGCGCCUCUAACAUCAAGAGGAUCUCAGCAAUAUCGAGCACUUACAGUCCCUGAACUGACGCAACAAAUGUGGGAUUCCAAGAACAUGAUGUGUGCUGCUGAUCCAAGACACGGCCGUUACCUCACAGCAUCAGCAUUGUUUAGAGGCAAAAUGAGCACAAAAGAAGUUGAUGAGCAAAUGAUGAAUGUGCAGAACAAGAACUCUUCCUAUUUUGUGGAAUGGAUUCCGAACAAUGUCAAAUCCAGUGUUUGUGACAUACCACCUAGAGGGCUUUCGAUAUCUUCAACAUUUAUUGGGAAUUCAACUUCAAUUCAAGAAAUGUUUAGGAGAGUGAGUGAGCAGUUCACUGCAAUGUUUAGGAGAAAGGCAUUUUUGCAUUGGUACACUGGAGAAGGGAUGGAUGAAAUGGAAUUUACUGAAGCAGAGAGUAAUAUGAAUGAUCUUGUGGCAGAGUAUCAGCAGUAUCAAGAUGCCACAGCUGAAGAAAACAGUGAUUAUGAAGAUGAAACUGGAGAAGAUUAAAGGUGUUCGACCAAUCUGCUAUUACGUAUGUUACGUGCUGCUGUGAACCUGAAACUCCACUAGAUUUAUGUUUUCUCUACUAUAUUUGUACUGUGUUUAUGCAUUUCUGAUACUGUGAACCUCUUACCUAUUUACUACUUUUGUUCAUUCAAAAGGUGUUAAUGGCAAGAACACAAUGUAUUGUAUCCUUGUCAUGACUUUGUACCUUAAAGGAUUCUACUCUAGUGAGUAGAAUUUGAUCGCAAAAUUUACCUGAUAUAUGUUGAAGACACUUCUUAAGUUUGUGUGCUCGCAUAUGUUAAUUCAAAACAAAUAGUGAGUACACAACUUUCUGCAAAGAAUUUCCUUCUAAAUGAAUUGGAUCAUGUCACAUGAUAAUUACUUCUCCAUCCUCCCUUUAGUGUCAAAGAAAGGGGUGCUUGCAACACUAUCAAUAGCUUUAAUCUAACAAUGAAAAGUAACUUUGUAAGAUAAUAAGUAUUAGUUGAAUGAUCAGCAGGCACGCAUAGAGAAAGCUGACAAUUCCCAACUCGCACAACACUAGUUAAACAUGGUGUGACAGAACAAAUGCACAACACAUGAUGAAAUAUGAAACUCAUAAAGAAUGCGACGUGCAUCAAAAUCUAAAGGAAUAAUGACAGCAAAUGAAGAACAAA